GUUCCCCGGUAAUAAAAAACAAAGUGGCGUGAAUUUAAGAAUGGGUGAUGAACUUAAAGGUUAUUCUGACAGCUUAAUUGUGAAAUCUGACACGGAAACCUCAGCAUUCCCGAAUUCCCAGUUCAUGGAAGAUGUAUACAAGCAAAGAUUUCCAGCGUAUUCCUUACUUCUGUACAGGCCAACUUCACUUUGCGAAGUCCAGGACCAAGAACAGGAUCAGUCAUUGGCCUGUAGGCAGUCAAGUUUCCAAGUCCCAGUGAGAGUGCAACCAGUUUGUCUAAGUCAAAUUCCAGCCCCAAUUCAUGCUUCAUCUACUGCUACUGGACUCAGUCAGUCUACAGUCAGCCAAAGUCAGCUAAACCUAAAUGAUACAACUAACUCUCAACAACAAUUAGAUCCUUUUUGGUUGCAGUUUCUGUCCAAUAUCAUGACCCGUCAGCCUCACACCAAGCAAGGGGAUAACUCUGCUCCAGAUCAAGAUGCUACCCCCAGCGCUACCUGUUUGCUGACUAAAGUUGGUGCGAUGAAUGCAGGCAUGGCAAUGGACAUCCCUAGAUGUCAGUCUGAGAAUCCAACAAGCAGCUCAAAAGCCAAGAAACACUCUCAGAGACAAAAGAAUAAGACUUCAUUAGUAAAACUACCAAAAGGACAGCUUAUCUUGGUGUCACCAGUGACCAGCAGUAGUCCAAACAAUCAUGGAUUAAAUAAUAAGCUGUCAGCAAUCAAUAGUGGAUUAGUCAACUUAAACAGUAGUGGCGAGGAAAGCCAACAGCCAAGUCCUUUGGGAUCAGAUGUAAAUUUUACAAUGAAGGAAACACAUAGUUCUAGUGCCAAGUACAACAUCCCACUGAUGUGCAGUUCACCUCUAAUGGACCAGGACAAAGAGCCCGGACAGAUGAGAGAGAGCCACAACAUGAAAGAGAGAAGAAGAAGAGCUCGUAUAAAGGAUGCCUGUAACUUAAUGCGCCAGCUAGUGCCUGGAAUCUCCAAGAAGACUGACAAAGCCACUGUGUUUGAAUUUUCUGCCAGAUAUAUUCAUUUCCUGAAAUCAUUUGUUGGCACCAAUAAUGACAAGGAUUUUUUGGUCAAGUACAAUCCAUAUUGAAUUAACAAGUGGUGUAUUUGUGGUAUGCUAGUCACUGGUUCUCAAUUUUAUGUAGUUUUAGAAUUAACCCUAUUUUUAAAAACAAAGUUAUUGUUUAGACAUUUGUAUAAUAUAAUUGAUGUAAAAAA